AUGGAGUUGGAUGAGAGGCUGAGGUGGAUAGAGACUAGGGUGACAUCAUCUCUCAAACCACGAGCAGAGGAGCUAAAGCACAUGUUCACCAAUGAAAAGAGCAGGUAAUGUUUUUUAGCAUUAGCCAUAGAUUUUGUUGCUUCUAUGAUGAUAUAAGAGUUCCAUACAACCUAAAUUAUAUUUUGCAAUCAAUCUUUGUGUUGAAAGUAGUUUUGUGGUAGAUUCUGAUACUUACUCCCUACUCAAGGGUAUACAUUUAUAUAUAUAUAUAUCUCAAGAUACAGAACAUUUAAAGGCUGAGGUUCCAAACUAUGAUUUUUGUAAGCAGAAUAGCUAUAAGUUUAGUUCAUACUGAGUAUGGAAACUGGGUUGAUUGCCUUCCAGUGAGAUUGUAGACUUUAUGUAAGACUUUUAAGAACCAAGCUUCAAUCAAGGCAUCAAGAUGUGUGCCUGUUUCAGGAUCACCAUAUAAUGUUUUUGACCACAUUACUAGAUUGCCUUAUUCCAUUCAAUAAAAUGUAAAUACUGUGUUUCCUCAAAUACGUCCCCACUCCUCGUUAAAAAUUUUGGCUUAGGGGAGGUGCACCUAUUGGAUAGAGAGUGGGGGGUGCUUACUAAGAAGCUAUUAACCUGUACUAAUUCUGCUGUAAUUGAAGCUUUAAAAGAUAUAAAUAAAGUGUUGAUAUGAGCAGGAGUUCCUUGUAUCUCUAGAUGUAGCUAUUUCUGAAAGUGAAGAAGGAUGGAAAGGGAGCUAAUUUGAGAGGGGUGCUUGUUUGAAAUUAUGGCGCAGGGUGUGGGCGCUUCAUUGGGAGAGGGGGCCUAGUAGAGAGUGGGCACGUAUUUAAGGCAAGGUGAUAAGUCACUUAUUCAAAAUUUACAUCUAGUAAUUUUACAAGGACUAAAUUUUGAGAGAGUCCUCAACAUCCCUCCUUCUCAUUUUAGUUGAGCAAAUGUUGUGUAUGUAGCUCCUUUCCAGCCAAACUGUACUCAUGCAAGAGCAUUGCAAGUUUCAUUUAUUAUGAUUGACUAUUUCUCUUUGUAGAGAGGCUAUGUUUGAAUUUUGCAACAAUGAAGAGAUGAAAAAGCUGUUUAUAUAUUACUCAACAUCUCCUGCUGGCAAAAAUCUUGUGGCAUCACUUACUCCACCCAGCAGCUCAAAGGAAAAGUCUGUUUACUUUGUCAAGAUUCAUGAAGCAGGAAAACUCUCCAGAGACAAUAUAGUGACAGAUGUUGCUUUUUGUGAUUGUUCUUAUCAACCUUUGACCCAUGCAAGUACUUUGACAAAGGAUGUGUUCUUGCCACUGUUAAGUAUUGAAAUGGGUGGAGGUGUGAGUGCUGACAAACUUAUGGACCUAGUCCACAGGCUGGUUUCAGUCCUGCAAGUUUGCGAGGGCAGUUCAAAAGAUCAGGUCACUCUACCGCUGCCAUCUAUUGAGGUGUUGUCAGAGGCAGCAGCAUACAGUAGUAGACGGCCUGCUGUCAUUCAUGUGUUGGAGACAGCUGUGGUUAAUUGGAUAAAACAGAUCAAGGUAAAACAAAAUCUUGGGAAACUAUGUUAAUUAAAGAGUUGUAAUGAAAUUUCUACAGUGUGUGUUUGGCAGAUACAUUAUCUAGAAGCUUUGGUGCCAUUUGAAAAUAAAUUGUAAGUGGAUUCUCUAUUAAUUUUUUAAGUUUUUUUUUAUAGGUGACUCUGAAGCUGGACCCAGAGAUCCAAAUAAAAAAGUUUGGUCCAAAACCAGGUCCAUUGGAUGAAAUAGAGGUAUUGUUUCCUACUCUAGAGUACAACACUUCAAAGCUAAAACUUGUAUUCACAUCAUUGUGUAUAAUGGCCCAUUAAUUGCACAAAGUUAACAUAACAUGUUCCUUUUUGUGGAAAUGCUGUAACGACUUCAAUUUGGGGAAAUGAACAGUGUAUUACCUGCCUGAAACUUAAAAUGAGUCCAGAUUUUUUAUUUUGGGACACUGAAUUUUUUUCAAGAUGAAAAAAAUUCAUAAUUCCCUCCCACUUUGCAGUUUUGUUCUUCUCUUUUGACAUACUGUAGCAUGUAGUAGUUCCCAUAUUGUAAUGGAGGCAGUGGAGGGAAACCAGGGAAAUCAUAUGGCAAUAAAUCUUUUACACCCCAACAUCUGUAUGUAUAUUCUCCAUACAUAUUUUUGUGACCUUAAAUUGUGAUUCAGGGGUGAUAUUGUAAGGAGAAGUGAGAUACUGGUCACUCUUAGGGAUCAAAGGGUUAAAGAGAGUUAAAUUUCUUAGUGCCCUCUUGGGGAAAGUGUAAUAAUAUUAAACCUGUUUAGGAGAAGACUACAAGUGUUAUACUCUGCUUUGAGUGAAUUUAUUUUCCAUUAAAUUAAAAAAAAAAACAUGAAAUAACCUUUUUUUUUCAUCAGAUGUGGUCAGAGCGACUAGAGAAGAUCACAUCAGUGAGUGAGCAGUUGUGUUCACAUGUGGCUCUUAAUAUUAUGAUGAACCUGGAAGAUGCUCAUAGUACAUAUGCACAGUCCUUUCAUCUUGUCAAAAGAGAAAUUGCAAAGGUUAGACAUUUGUGAACAGUAAUUUUGUGUCUAAACAAUUGAUUCUUCUCUUCCUCAUGGUUGGUCAUGUUUAAUGGAAAUACUGGAAAAUUGUGAUCAUAUAAAAGGCAUAGUUUUAAGUCCUUGGUUGGUUGGCAAUAAUGUAUCUCUUCAAUGAAAAAAAAUGCUUUUACUAUAAAGUGAGAGGUUUAGCAACCAAUUAUUCUGUACUUGUGUAUCUGGGAACCCAUAUCUAAUGUCUGGUUUAUUGGAGAAAAUGAAAAAAAAAAACAUUUUUUUUUUGUAAACUUCUAUGGUUUUCUGUCAGCGGUUUAUUAUUGUCUGAGGAUUGUCACUUGCAGAUGUUUCAGGAAAGGAGUGCUGAAUAAUUGUUUUGUUCCUUGAAAACUUCAUUUAUUUUCUACUCUGCAGUUCAUACUAAGAUGUCUCUAAUACGAAAAAAGGAUCUGCCAAUGCAUGUUUUCAAUUUUUUUUGUAUUUUUUCAUACCAAGGCUGAAGCAGAGACCAAUGAUAACCUGCAGUUUCUGAGCACUCUCCUACCUUGGUUUGAGAAGCUUCAUUAUGCAACCAAAUCUGCUGAUAUGGUAUCUGUUUUCCCACCGUUAAUGCACACUCUGUAUCUUGUCUGGGUUCACUCGAGGUAAGUUUUGUUACAAAAUCUGACGUUAAGAACUAAUAGAAGCUUUCAGCUAAUCAUGUUUAAAUGCGGUUUUCAAGGAAGUUUUUUUUAGGAUGGGACUUCCAUUAAACAGACUUGUUUAACUUAUUUUGGCAGCACUAAAGGAAAAAGAGGCUGGUUGUACUUCAUGUGAUUUCAUUUCCAUUUUAGGUAUUACCAUGACCACAGAAAUUUCACAAGAUUACUGACCAUGUUGUCAAAUGAGGUUGUUGCUCGAGCAAGGCAGCUUGUGGGAGAACAUGUGCUGGAAAAUCUCUUGGCAGUAAGUGAAUUUUCUCUGUUACCUCUUCCAAACUACACCUUUUCAGCUGUAUUCAUCUGCUCCAAAACUCUUUGGAAACUCAGGUAAAGAACAUCAGCCUCUGCAUGGGUAUUAAGUUGGACAUGUUCUUGAUGAUGAUCGCUCUGGUAACCUUCGUGUUUCUUUCUCUAGUCUUACACCAAUUUGAAAGAUGCCUUGCGUGUGUGUGCUGCAUUCCGAGGUUGUUACUUGGAUAAAAAGGACAGAGCUGAUGAGACAAAUCAAAAAAGAUUAUCUGAACAGUCAGGAACUAAGUAAGUCCGUGUACAAUUAAGACAUUCCUCCACCUCUGAGACUUCUCCAUUUGAAAGUAAACAAUUCACAUUUUCGAUUCCUUGUGAAAGGAACUUUUGGUAGCCUGGGCGAAACCUCUCAUUAUUGACGUUUUGGCGUGAGCGUUUUUUUGCCCGAGGGAAAGUAUGGAGCUGUGAGCAACGCGAGCUGGGAGAGGUCUGAAGGGGUUUAGUAUUGAUAACUCAAAGGGUGGAUAACGCUAUCUAAUACAUAAAUCGCUAUCCAGCGGAUGUGUUUACAAAACGUGCUGUAUUAACGAAUAAAGGGGUUACGUUUCUAAAGAAACUGUGAUGCUGCAUCGGUGGGAAAGUAUAACAGGGUAAUUUGGUAUUAUCAAGUGAGUUGAUAACGUAAAUUUGCCCUCCGUAAAGAGUUUCACAGCUGAUGUUUCGAACGUUAGCCCUUUAUCAUUCUCUCUGACGGAGGGCUAACGCUCGAAACGUCAGCUUUGAAACUCUUUAUGUUGAACAAUUUAUGUACUGUGCUAUCCACCGUUUAGCCAUUUAUCCAGUGGAUAGUGUUAUCCACCUCUCGAACAACCGGAACCAAUUUGAUAAAUUGUGUUUGAGGUAAGGCUACUGUUAGUCAACAAAGAUAUGUUUUCAGCGUGCGUAUUUUUACCCUAUUGCUCAGGACAGCUUGGGAUAAAUAUGUACAAAAGAGUAUUACAUCGUUGACAUCCUGAGCAUUGCGGUUGCAUUUUUUUCCCAGUAGAGACAGCGGAGGUGUUGUGUGGCACAGCAAAUUAUACAACAACAGCCUAACACCCAGAAAUACAAAGAUGUUUAAUCGACGUAACAGCCUCUCAGAAAGCAACAGUGGUUAUGAUACUCUAGAACUAUGGACUGACUCUGCGUGGCCUGCUCGAAACAAUUCGUGUUUUACAUCGCUAAACAGCUUCAUGGAGCGUUGUAAUGAUGUACUGGAGCUCGUUCAGACAACUCAACAUUUUGAGAUGUUAACGUGUACUGCUCAAGUUGGUGGUGCUGGUGGUAACAGUUUGGACAUUCAAGUGAGGGAGAUCCAUCGCAAAUUUAAGGAGGCUGUGCGUUCUUUUCAGCAGAUGCCACAUGUAAGACCACAGAGAAUUGUUUGUUUAUUUUCAACUCUGUGUAUAAAAGACAUACCCCAUUUACACUGAAGCUUAAACGUGUUUCAAGCGGUUUUUUUUUCUAACACGGUUUAAGUUUGUUUUCUUCAUCGAGCUACUAAAACUCAAAAUGUUUGUUACUUGAAAUUUAGCACAUUGACGAUAUAAGUUGGUGGUUACUUGAAUCUUAUGAAAAAUUUAAUUUUUCAGUUCUCUGAUUGUGAUUUUCAUUCGGUUAAACGUGUUUAAGGAAACGUGUUUUGAUGGUGUGAAUGGGAAAUAAGGCUAGACGUACAUUUACCUUAAAUGACGUACUCAGAAUUGGAGCUAUAUCUCCGUCGUAAACUGCGAAUGAUGUUUUACACGUAAUAUUGUACAAAAAAAUGUUGUUUUUCAGGAUGUGUUGAACGCAAAUGAAACUCAGGAGUUUGAAAGAGAAUUCUUUGCCUUCCGUUCUGUAACAAGAGUAAGUUUUUUGUUUGUGUCGUUCUAUUUGAUGACGUUUAUUUUAUAUCUUGAUUUAAGUUUAUCCAACCAGUUUCUUAGGACUUAAAGCAAUGUUAUUCCAUCGCUCUCAGGAUUUAGAGUACAACCUAGCCGAUGUGAUGAGACAAAGUUUUAAGCAGUGCUGGGACACAAGAGCCAAACUGAGGCUUCUGGAAGUGUUUGAAGGAAUCAGUGGACGAGAACUUGUUCAGGUGAGAAUCAAAGAGAAGGACAAUGAAGUAUUCUAGUAGAAUCAUGCGCCUUAAGUACAUAUCCGAUAAAUUCUCCUAACGUUACGUCGUACCCAGGAAGAUUAGCAACACUUGGUUGCAUCAUGUCCGGACUCUAAAUUCAACCGUUUCCAAGGCCGCCAUUUGGCAACCAAAAUUUGAAAAACGGUCGCUAGGAAUAAAAUUCUAGUCGUCAGAAAAACAAAACUCGUUUUUGGAGGUAAAGGCGGUAUCUCAAGGCUCGAUACUCGAUCACCAAAGAAAAAGAGGUACUUUACAUACAAGAAAGCUUUCGAACAUUUUCAAAUUUUAUUGUAUGCAAUCUUAUAUUAUCUUGACCAUAAACACAAGUUAAUAAGUACGUUGCAGUCAAAUGUAUUAUGGCCACCAAUCACAGAUCGCCAAAUUGGGACUUUCGAGGCAAGUGUAGUGCCCUAUGUUUUUUCCCACUCGCCUCAGCGAUCCAAACGGUUAUAGCUUGGGGAGCUGCAUGUCACAUGCAGAGGCUAGAAUAAUUUGUGGUAGCCAUGCAAGUCAGUCCCGUAUACAGACGUAACCUUUCCAAUUUUUUUUUCCGAACACCUUAGACAAAUCUGAAGGUUACGUUUACUGCUUUGGUGCUUGGUUUCACUCAAGAGUUACUGGACAUGAGAGUAUUCUUCGAGUCUCACAUGGACUCCCCUCCGAAUUAUCCUCACCUUCCUCCAGUGUCAAACAAGUUACUUUGGCUUCGCGGAUUCAAAAUACACAUACAGGUACUUGAUAAUACUUGAGCAACACUAAAAGAAUCUUUAGAUUGACCCUUGUUUUCUUCAACCCAUAUCUGGGAUUAUAGAAAGGCAAGCGUCCGAUUUGUCUGAUAUUUUGCAAACUUACAACUCAGUUGGAAGUUUAGAAGGAACACUAUAUGUGUAACCUUGCUACGUCUGAUAGGCUCAAUUGGAGGGUGACAUACAUACGAACCACGAAGAGUAGUUUCAGGGCUGAUUUACCAAUAGAGCAAUAGCCAAUCGAUGAUAGACUCCUUUAGAAGUUCGGCCUUGUGCUAAGUUCAUCACGCUUAAACAGUUUUUAAAUUGUGUUUUUUGUAGGAGCCCAUGUCUCGGCUGCAUCGUGUCUCUCCAGCUUCACUUAAAGGUGACGAUGGAUGGCGUCUAAGAGAUACAUACUCAGAUCUGAUCAAAGACAUUGAAAGGUAAAGGCAACUAGAGGCAAUAUUUUAUUAGCACAUUUGAAGACAAUUUUCGUACUGGUAGGCUUCGGUCUUUUGUCUUUAGAUCUAAAAGCGCGGUAGGUGGUUACCUUUUAGUUGAGUUGAGGAAAAUACAACAGGGGUGGUGAUGAUCCUACAUUUGACGGGAACGUGAUAACAAAAUCUUAUUUCGUGAUGUUCAGAUGUAAGGGAAAGCUUUUAUAUUCCUUUCCAAGGUGCGAAGCAGAAACUAUUCGUCAAUGGCAAAGCAAAAUGGAGCCUGAAUUGAGGACCAAAUUAAAACAGCCUCUUUUGGUGAGUUGACCAAGGCAUCCUUUAUAAAAGACACGUUGUUUCUGCAUGUACGAGCAACUUUGGAUAUCGCUUUACUUCCAGGUCUGCACAAAAUAAAAAGGGUUGGCACAGAAAAUUAUUUUAAGAUGAAGAAUUGAUAACUAAAGAUCAAAAUUGAAAUUGGAAGAGGUGUUACAUCCACCCUUAUUCAUAAAAAAAGGUUGAAAGGGGAAAAUACCUCACGAUAUUUGAGUCGUUUCGGUGAAGUUAAAAAUGUGAAUCAAACCACAAAAUAUCACUUGGGGUAGAUCGAAGAACAGUCAAGAGGUAUGCAUAAGCCAAAAUUAAUCAGGAAUUGCCAUCGAUGGCCUAUGAUGGUCAAUAAUUGUCAAAAAUGGCUAAGGAUGGCCAACAAUGGUCAAGGAUGGGCAAAGAUGGCCGAUAAUGGAGAGAUAUAACUUGUUUUAUUUGCUAAUUGUAGAUUGCGGAACCUGCAAGCGAGGGAAGUAGACCCACUCUACACGUGAACUUUGAUCCUGAAUUGAUGCUUCUUUUACGAGAGGUUCAUUACUUAGGAGGAGAGCCCUUCUUGACACGUCUUCCCGACCCCGCCCGAGUGCUGCUGAGAUCAACAGAUGACAGUCUUCUAAGGUCCACUGCUACGAGGCUUGAAACUAUCGUGACACGGUACAAUUCUGUGAUGGCAAACAUGAAGGAGUUCGAGAGGCCUUUGUUUGAGAGGAAGCUUGCAAAAAUUGAUGAGGUAAACUAUGUAGUGGUUAAGAAUUAUUCACUGGAGUGAAGGUAUAUAUCCCCCACUUUCAACGACGCUGAGGUGAAGAAAAGAUUUUGUAUAAAAUACAUAGAAACUGAAAAAAAUAGUUUAUUUUUGUAAACGUACCGGAAAAUGGUCGCAAAUUAAAUAUGGCCGUAAAAUGGCCGUAAGGUGAAAUCUAAUCACGGGAGCCUGCUCGUGGACUAAAUAGACGGCGGUCAGCGGUCUAAGGGGCAGCGGUAAACCGCUGGUAACUGGCUAAUUUUGAAACCCUGUUCCUGUCGCACCUGGAAUGUUAUACUGAGCUAAAAAUACUUUCCGAUUUCUACCUUUCCAAAGUUACAGUUGUAUUGUUUGAAAUACAACACUACCAGUAAUAACACAAAACGUUUGAAUAAUUCUUCUAACAUUAUACUGUUUUGCAUAAAUAUUUUCUGACUAAGGUUAUCUUUUUUGUUCUCUUUUUCAUCCUCUAUCUUGCUAUCACAGUUGCUCGGCCAAGGACUCCAUGUAUUCACAUGGAAGACAGUUGAAUCAGCAGAUUUUGUUGAGCAUGCGUCAUACCUGGUUUGUGACGAUCUCCAUCGCAACCUGGGCGUGGUCCAGAGUAACUUCAGAGAAAUCUGCAACAUAGCAGCUUCGUGGUCUGACAAUGGACUAUUGGAUGUGUUCAGUCCACGUGAUGUUAGCAAGUCAUUCUCAAUGGACAAACUACAGGAACAGCAUGGGUAAAUUGAAAAAUAAAAGAUAAAAAAUAAAUAAAUAAAACAUGGAAAGUAAUUGCGAACUUAAUUGCAGUUUUACAAAAUCUUUGCUUAAUUACUAUUCGCAGGAUGAUUUACGAGAUGCAUAAGCACGCUGUCACUGUAGGAGGGCACAGAAUCCAUGCCUUAUUGCAGUCUACGUUUGAGGUGAGAUUGGCUCGACUUUAAAGCUUUUUGGGAACCCUAGAGGAUGUGAUGACGUUUUGGUUAGCGCGCUGUAAUUUGGUUCUAGACUGUGCGCCUUGGCUCGGUCCUUGAGUUAUUUUCAAGAGCAAGGCGCUUAACUCUCAUUGUUCCUCGUCAUUCAGGAGUAUAUAUGGGUAGCACGAUUUAUGAGGGUAACCUGAGGUAAAAUAAGGGCGUCAUCCGCUAUGGAUUACCAUCCCUUCCUAGUCGUCUAACUCCAUGGGAUGGAUGUAAUGUAUGAGCCUUGAGUCAAGUACACUACAACGUGUUCAUUGAAUAAAAGGUGAUAUAAAGUUGGCUGUCAACUGCUUGUUUUUAUCUGUCAGGCGGCGCAGAUAAGCCGUGCUUCUCCUGCCUGGCAGAGUUACAUCAAGUAUGUCAGUGGAGUCGUGAUGGAGGGACUGAAGACAUCUACUCAAACCUCAUUGCAAUCCAUGUUGAACCAGAUUGUAUUCUCCAAUAUGUCAAAUGUGAGUUCUCGCGGUAUACCUCUUCACAAAUAGAAACAGCUACCGGCACCGUAGAAACAACUUUCUCACUCCAUUUACAUAAUCAGUGAGCCAAAAAGAACUUCCUAACUUUACUGACUGAUCACAACCGGACAGUCCUAAAUGAAGAACAUUACUUAAGUAUUACAGCCUAUAGUAAGACGGCAACACUGAAAAUUUAAUCGAUCCUACCAUCUGAUCGACAGAUAUGAGUUUGUGAGAACACAAAGCAGGAAAAAUAUUAAAAAGAAAAAUUUUCUGCCGUAUUUUGACCCUGGAUCUCCUCACAACCCUUCACUCUCCUUUCUGUCUGCCAUAUAAAUUAUGAUGUUAGUUUGGAGAAUUAGGUUGGAUCAUCUUAUAAUCUACUGAUUGAUAAUUGUUUCCUUAUUCUUAUGCCUGGUCUGCUUGAUAUUGUAUUGAUAUUGUAAGGAGAAAUUCUGUCUUGGGAGUUAAAGUUCUAUUCUUUCCAACAAGCCCUAAUUCUACUGAUGAUUUUCCAGACCUAUUCUCAAGUUGUCUACGAUUUGAGUGGGUAACAUAAUUUAGAGCUGAUCCUCAAGAAGUAAGAGAGGCUGGAGUUUGUUGAUUUUAGAUGGGUCUCACUUAUAUUGCGAACAUUUCAAUUAACCUUGCAGGAUUCUGAGGUCCUACCAAUACUGACUAUUCGCUUGGAGCUAACUGGUUCCCAGGUUUUGUUUAACCCAUCACUUGAUGACAAGUCAGCCUCAUCCAGCGUCCAAGAGAGUGUAGAAGGAUGGUUAAAUGACUUUCUCGGACGUGGUGAUUUCGUGAGGCCUGUGGAUGAAGAUCUAAAGGUAAAGUUUUAAGGAAUUGCGGAGCUCUCAAGAAUGACUUUUACGUGAAAUCUUUUUUUUCGGUUUAGAAGUGACUUCUUAGAGAAAAAUGCAACCUAUGGUAUCGUUAUGAGUAUUAGGUUUUGCAUUUUAUUUAGUUGUUAAAUGUCAGCCAUAGAGAAUUUAGAUUAGAAAAGAAGUCCUUAGUUCAAAAGAAAAAAAAGGAAAAACAAAUGAAAACAAAUGCCGCCGAUAAAGGUGUCUCAGAAUCAGAGGUGUUUUUUUCAUAAAUAAGAGAAAUACCUCAAUGUCUAAACGUUUACCGCAUUUUAUAUCUGAGGAGCUAAUAACGUAUAAGAACAUAUCCCGUUCCUUCAGAGCUACAAGGAAGUCAUUGUUGAUGAUGAUGAGGUACAGACACUGGUGAAACAAACCAAAGAUGUGGUCGAGCAAAAUGCCUCCGAAUGCAAGGUAGGAAUGAUACAUGGCAUGCUGCUCCGAAGUAGUAAUAUCACUGAUACUACUAAAGUGUUUUCGUUAGAUCCGAGUUUUAGCAGCGAGAAGGAAAGUUCAUAGAAAAAUUUGCCCUUUUCUUCGCUGAAUCACUGGUAAAAAAAAAAACUAUUAUGAGGGGAGCGGGUGUUUCAACACAACUUAGAAAGGCUGUAGAUUUGCGUUAACCCUUUACACCCCUACAUCAGUAUCCACAUUCUCCAUACGGUUCUUUUGUCAGUUUCUUAGGUGCUGACAGGGAGAAUUUGUUGAACAAUCGAAAACUUCUUUAGUUGUUGAUCAAUUCCUUUAUUCUUGUGACAUAAUUUUGUGUUUCUGGGGUGAUAUUGUAAGGAGAAAUUAGAUGUUAGUCACUCUUAGGGGUCAAAGGGUUAACAACCAAAAAAAUUAUCAUAAAUUGAUUGCAGAGUUUUCUCGCGACGUUUCGGGAGUAUGCAUUUUUAUGGAUACAAGAUGUACAACGAACGUUUGAGGAGUUUCUCGCAGGAAAUAUAGUGGCUCAUCCAAGGAAGAUGAACCGAUCCGAGCUUAUACGAUCCAGAGCAUCACAGACAUCAGAAAAAUCCAGGAAAGAGAAAGAAAGAGACCCGAGGUAGGUUGUUCUCACAUCAGGUUUUCCACUUUGUAUGACGGAUCAUUGUUAUAAGGUGGUUAAACUUGUUCGAUGAGCUGUUGGCUUGUCGAAAUACAAGGUAUAUCGUUGGAAUCUGGAACGGAUAUUGUAGAAGACACAUGGCGAAAAUGUUUGGACCGUAUGUAAGGCUUUGGAUAGCGUGUGAAAUCCUACAUUGAUUACCCGUUCAAUUCCUUUCUUUCUCUGUCCGGCGUUUCCUAUACGAACUUUGUUCAUGACUGUGAAUAUAUGAAAAUCAUAUGUUUGAAUUGCGGUUUAAGAAAUGAAUAUGAAAGCGACCUUCGCAGUAAUGAACACUUCUUAAGCAAUGAUGAAAAUAAGGCCUGGAAAAGAAAUUUAGGUCAGUACAGGCCUUUGUUGUAAGUCAUAUCACUCACUUAUGGUUUUGUCUAUACUCAGGUCCAACCGCAGCUCAGCUGCUGCCUCCACACUCAGUACCAGUGGAGCUAUGGGAUUGUCAGAAAAGACUUUCCUCAACCCCAAGAAAAUGACAGCUACUAAGGAGGUUAGGGAUGAAAAAGGACCAUCCUUGGAUGAUUUCGACAAAGAGAUAGAGAUUUAUCAGGUAUGUAAAGUCGUAGUCCUCUCCUCUUCAUUGACAUCAGAUGAGACUGUUCGGCGAAUCUGUCAAAAGAAGAGUCUUUUUUUGCCCUUCUUAUGGAAGGCAACAUUGUCUCUAUUUACCCCUAACACGAUCGUCUCAAUGUAACAUACAACUACCAUUUACACUUUGAAUAAAUAAAUAUUCAAUUUUACAAAAUGAAUUUGAGAAAGAAAAGUCAGAAAAGCCGUGGAAGCUUUGAAGCUGACGGCUUUCACGACCAGGUCAUCACCUUUAAAUUUUCAAUAAAUGUUAACAGAAUAAAAGGGUAAGGUUGAGAUUUGAAUUUUACCAUUUUCUUAGACGGCAAGAGACGAGAUCUACAAUCUGCAGGAUUGGUGCGAUGUAGGCUGGAUGAGAGUGAACAUGAGACCAAUCAAACAAGUACUUGGCACUUAUGCCAGCAAGUGGAUGUUUGUUUACACCAAAUAUCUUUCGGAUCAGGUAAUACAAACAGUUAUCUAGUAACAAGAUUGAGGGUCAGAUAAAGCGUCAGGAUUAUAUCUCUCAUAUAGACAGAAGGCAGCUAUGCGUUAGAUAUUCAGUGAUCUUGGCUGUGGAAUGAUUGUCUUACAUAUUCUGUUUUCUUGUUCAAGGGUCCUUGAAACAUGUAAUACGUGUUUUCUCUUUGAAUUUCGUUGCGAUUGGCGUUUCAUAUUCAUCUAUUCCUAUUGUUCCAUUUCUAGGUGUCUUCAACAUUAAAUGACCUUGAUUCCUUCUUUCUAGGUGUCUUCAACAUUAAAUGACCUUGAUUCCUUCUUUCUAGGUGUCUUCAACAUUAAAUGACCUUGAUUCCUUCUUUCUAGGUGUCUUCAACAUUAAAUGACCUUGAUUCCUUCUUUCUAGGUGUCUUCAACAUUAAAUGACCUUGAUUCCUUCCUGAAACGCAUCGAACCUGGAAUAGAAGCGAUUACAGGAGAAGAGCAAGACAUUGCAUCUUUUAUGCGCCUCAUGAGAGUUUUUAAUGAGGUAGGUUCUUGAUGGUAUAUCAGAUUCAUUGUCUAUAAAAAAGAGAGUAACUUUUGGGUUUGGGUUUUAUAGGUGAGUACUCAGCAAGCGGAGAUGGACAGCAAGUUUGUAGCGAUGAAAAGAACCAUUACUCUCUUAGAAAAAUACGAUCAGAAACUACCAGAUAUGACUCAAAAGUUCUAUGCUGCAGCACCACAGAGGUACGUACUUUUCAUCACAAAUAGGAUCUAGAUAGAAUAAGAAAGAUUGUAAAUUUUGAGCACGGUAAAAAAAUAGAAGAAGAUGUUUUUCGUCUUGUCGCGAGCGUGGGACAAAGGAAAAAUUCUGAGUCCCCAUGAGGAAUGAAACCUUAGACCUUCGGUUUUCACGCUCCGAUGUUCUACCACUGAGCCACAUAGACUCGCGUCCCGCAUACUGCUAGAAUCAGCGAUGUUGAUAGCGUCAUGUUUGUAAAUAGAAUAGGAAAGAUGCUAAGUUUAGAAAAAAAUUCUGAGUUUCAGAAAAUUUUUGUUUGUCCCAUGCUCGUGACAAGACGACAAACAUCUUUUUCCAAUAAGGAUCUAGUCACCCAAGAGACCAAGCAUUUUGAACCUUUAACCCCUAAGAGUGACUAGCGACUAAUUUACAAUAUCACCCCUCAUUAAGGUCAUGAGAAUACAGGAAAUGAUCGCCAACUAACGAAGCUCCUGAUCGUUAAACAAAUUCUCCUUCUUAGCACCUUGGGAAAUGUAUAGAGAACAGUAUGGAGAAUAUGCAUAAUGAUUAUAGGGCGUAAAGUGUUAAAAAAGCGCUAAAUUUUUUUUAAAAGCGGUUCUGAAUGCUGUAAGAACGGUUUCCUUGUCUGUUUUGGGCCAAUAAAAUACAGAAAGCCACUGAAUUUUGUUUUUUUUUUGCUUCUUGAAAACGUUGAGCUUGCUUAGUUUUUUCUGCUCAUUAAAAGAAAACAGUGUACAUUGUUCUGAUGAGAAAGCUUGAGUCUUCAAAAUGAUCUUCACUGUUGUUUUGUGAUUACGAGUUCUUAAUGAGGAUCUUCGUUUUUACACAGGUGGAACAACUUGAAGAUGAAAGUAAAUCAAGCCAAACAACGUCUGGGACCAAGAAUACAAGCUGAGGCCUCCAGUGUCACACAGGUAGCUGACCCCGUCAGAAGCGUGCUCUCCGUAGCGUGUUCUUUCAUUCUGAUUCUGAUGGUAUACUUUAAAAAAUGUUGAUUGAAGAGUGCAAUUAAGGGAAGGACACAAAACUGCUAAUUAAAUCUCACCCACAAAUUACCGGUAAAUUUUGUGCUUUUAUCCUAUCCAUUCUACAGGAGCUUAGAGCAUUUGGUGAUCGCUGUGAAUCUCUGGCCAGAGAGUUCUCUGAUUCCGAGGCGUUCAACAGAAAGUGUCCUAUUUAUACUGCUUUCACCAUUAUGGACACGUUUGGCAGAAGGCUCGAGAUUAUGGAGAGCGAGGCACAGGCU